GUGACUUGGGAAGGAUGUAUGGAUACAACCCCAGCCCUCCCAAGCUGGAGGGGAUCCGGAGGCCGACGAGCAAGACCGCGCUGCUGCAGAGCAAACGGCUUUCUCUCGCCCCACAGCCCGCCACGGACGUGCACUCGGGAGCUGGGGGUCCCUUUGCACAGGACGUGCUGACCCUGUCGAGCAGCACUGACAGCGAGGGUGAGAACGGCCCCGCGGCGGCGGGACAGGCCCCGGGCACCGCCAACAGCAACUGUCGACGUCAGGAACAGGAUCUCAGAGCAUCUCAGCAGCAACAGCAUAAUCCAGGGGUACCAAAUUAG